GCCUCUUCCAACCUGGGGCUGCUCCGAAAGGAGAAGGAAUCGCAGGGAAAAUGGUGAUACUGAAAGGGAUCCCCAGCAUUAUAUCCCCGGAUUUGCUUUAUGCUUUGGCUAGAAUGGGGCACGGGGAUGAAAUCGUGCUCGCUGAUGCCAACUUCCCAACUUCCUCAGUGUGUCGCUUUGGCCCAACUGAAAUAAGAGUCGAUGGUCUUGGAAUUCCAGAGCUACUCCAGGCUGUUCUAAAACUCUUUCCAUUGGAUACUUACGUCAGCUGCCCAAAACCCCUCGAAAAGAUUGAACGAUUUGCAUUUUACGAACGCGCAAAGACAUCUUUUGCUGUGGUUGCUACAGGGGAAACUGCACUGUACGGAAAUCUCAUUCUGACCAAAGGUGUGAUUCCUGCUGGAGAAAAGGACGAGUGAAAAUAGAGGAUAUUCCUGGAAUAAAUUGCAUUGACAAAUACAAAUGCAGAAAUUCCUGAUUCUAGUGAUACAGUGAUUGAUUUCUCUCAAUGUCUUUGUUUCUCUUUGAUAUAACUCUGAAUUAGGAAAUUUAUCCUAUGUCCUGUGGUUCAGAAUGAGUAGAAUGCACAUAUUCUAAUGGCUGCACUUGUAUGAUCCCACUACAAAUAUUAAAGGUAAAGGACUAAAUAUUGUGACUAUGUUAGAGCAGAUUGCUAAUAUCAUCUUUGAACAUUGUGAGCUUCUUUGUAUAAUGAAUUAUGUGAUGGUACAUUUCUUCAUAAAUCAUUCUGGUUUUUGCUCUAAUGCUUUUAAUAUUGAGAGGUUUAUGUAGCAUCACUUUCAGUGUUACAAUGAAUUACCAGGGAUACAUUUCAUUUGUUUUGCAUUUUCCUACUUUUGUAAACAUUAAUUCAAGGUCAAAUUCAUACUAAGAGCCAUCGCCUUCAAAAAUAUUCAGUGAACUGUUUUUGUUUAAAAUCAUGUGGGAUUUUUCUCUUCCCUCCAAGUGUUUGCAAUAACUUUUCAUUAAGACCAUCUUUAUAUAAGUUCAGAUGAAAUGCAGAUCCACGCAAGCUGUGGAGCACAAUUGAAACUAUUGCACUGGAGUUGCAGAAUCCUGUGCAUCAAGUUAUGUAGCUGUCCCUUCUGAAGUUAAAGAAAAUCCCCCACUCAGUGUCAACACUGUGCAAAAUGCCAGCAGCUAAGUAGGGCUGUUGUUCAUACUGUAAGGUUUUAAAAGUUAUUACGAAAUUGAUGAUGCUCCACUCCAGUUAAUGGAUUGCUUGGCGAUGACAACAGAUCACUGGGGGUGAUAAAGAGAUCCAAACAGAAAUGGAAAAGAUAUGUCUGGUCUUCAGAUUGUGGAAUAGCUAAUUGAGACCAGGGACAAAAAGAUUCAGACCAUAAACUGCAGCUUUCUACCCCCAUAGUUCCUCAUCUUUGUAGGAUGAUGUUGCCUUAUUGUGGGUGUUGGCUACUCGCUGAAUCUAGUCUUAAUAUUUUGAUUUUAGAAAAGGAUUCUAUUUCCAAAUUGAUUUCACUCUGCAUUUCCUUUGCAAAUAUUGCAACAGGGCUUGCAAUGGGGAGUAGAAUAUUUCAGAAAAAGUAGUUUGCAGGUCAAGCACAAAUCCUCAGGUCACUCAAUUCAGCGACAAAUUAUUCAUAAAGAUUACAUCACUCAGAAGCUAUAAGACACUGAGUCUGGUUGUGUUUAAUGUGGGGAUGGAGAGAAAUCCACAGCGGGUUCAGUUAUCAGCUUAAACAAAGGAAAGUGUGCACGUGGAUUCAAAAUGCUGGCUUCUCCGGAAAACUGUACGAGAAGCAAUAAAAAUGUACAUUGCCCGUGGCUUGUAGACAUACGCGGAAAUGUUAUGUGAGAUACUGGGCAUGAUAAAUAAUUCCUGACAGUG